CCUACUGGAAUCUAUCACCUCUUGCAUAAUAUUACACACAGUCAACACGUAAGGUCAGCAUCGCGCCCCUGUAAGGAGGGACAGCACCGUGGGGACCGAGGCUGUGUUGAAUAAAACAUUUCUGGACGGACCACAACAAACCGGAGCAGAUUAUCCUUUACUUCACAGAAGGAGCACAUGCCUGCAACUACUGCUUAAUAUUACAUGCAUAUUAACUUUGAGUGCACGUGGCAUUGUAUAUUGUAUUCCUUGGGACUUUUUUUGGCACAACUUUUACGCACGUUUGCAGCGCCUGUCCUGCACCGAUCUGAGUGCGUGAGAAACGUUUAAUCCGGGCCAUGCUGCAGUGACUUCUCCCUGGGACUUCAUUAUAGAAGUUGUAAUCAGCGGUGGGCGAAAGAGGAUGCUUUGAAAAUAUUUAUAACACACCCCAACAGCAGGAGAAGACGAAGAAGUCUUCUCUUGUCACCUGAUCGAGCAGCAGCGAGGACAGUAAAUCACCGGGAAGCAAGUGGGCUGCAGAGGUGAAGCGAGGACAAGACAGGUUGGUGUUUCCAAAUUCACCGGGCUCCAGUUUCAGCCGCCCCGGGGGCUCCUGGUAUUAAAGCGCGCAUUUGACCUGGGAUAAGUUGUCAACAAGAGCAGCGAGCGGACGCGAACUGGCAGGUGUACAAGUUCAUUUACAUGCAUACGUAUAUUCACGCCACUAUAUAUAGAAGUUGUCUUAGGGACGAGCAGCUUUAAUAAGUUCCUCCACCCACCCGCCGGCCCUGCAGCAACUCUGUGCACCGAGUGUGUGCGCGUGUCUAUAUAUACACCAUACAGGCUGUUAUUCCUCCUUGCUAUCUGUAACCGGGAGGGCUGCCCGCCGUCGGUUUGGCUGUGAGGAGUCGUCGCAUGGACAGACAUGGCUACUGACCUCGCCAUGAGCGCAGAGCUGCCUAACAGCCCUUUGGCUAUCGAGUAUGUCAAUGACUUUGACCUUAUGAAGUUUGAGGUGAAGAAGGAGCCACCGGAGGCCGACCGCUACUGCCACCGCCUCCCGUCGGGCUCUCUGUCCUCCACCCCGAUCAGCACGCCGUGCUCCUCCGUGCCUUCCUCGCCGAGCUUCUGCGCUCCGAGCCCGGGCGCGCCGCCCAACCAGAGCCUCACCAGCGGGGUCAACAGCAGCAGCGGCAGCAGCAGCAACAACAGCAGCGGCAACAACAAUCACAGCAACGCGGGCAAGCCUCAGCUGGACGACCUGUACUGGAUCCCCAGCUACCAGCACCACAUCAACCCCGAGGCACUCAACCUGACCCCGGAGGACGCGGUGGAGGCCCUCAUCGGCAACGCGCACCACCAUCACCAUCACCACCCGGCCUACGAGGGCUUCCGCGGGCAGCAGUACGUCGGGGAGGACCUGUCCACGGCCUCUGUGGGUCACCAUCACCAGGGCCACCACCACCAUCACCACCACCACGGCCAUCACGCGCGCCUGGAGGACCGCUUCUCUGACGAGCAACUGGUCAGCAUGACGGUGCGGGAGCUCAACCGGCAGCUGCGGGGCUUCAGCAAGGAGGAGGUGAUCCGCCUGAAGCAGAAGAGGCGCACCCUGAAGAACCGGGGCUACGCGCAGUCCUGCCGCUUCAAGCGCGUCCAGCAGAGGCACAUUCUAGAGUCCGAGAAGUGCACGCUGCUGAGCCAGGUGGAGCAGCUGAAGCAGGACGUGGUGCGCCUUGCCAAGGAGAGGGAUCUUUACAAGGAGAAGUACGAGAAGCUGGCCAGUCGGACCUACACGGCCGGUGGGAACACGAGAGAUCCGUCCGGAAAACAGGCCAACACCGAGUUCUUCAUGUAAGAAACGCAGACUGAGCACCCCACUUAAAAAAAAGAACCUUUAUUUAUAUAUUUUUUCUGCGUUAGUAUUUUGUUUACAGUUAUUCCCUCGAAGAAAAACACAAGUAAACAAAUACGCAUUAGAUGUGCACAAAAGUAAUCCUUGUGCGCAUUUUUGAGUCUUAAAGAUGUUUUGGCUGAACUUCUGUAAGCUCGCUGCAACCUGUCAGCUGGGCACAUGGGAUCACUUAGCCUGUAGACUGUUCCUCUGGUGCAACAAAACCUGGUCUUAUUGAACCAUUGUGACAUUUAACAUGACUGUCUUAAUUCAGAGAGAAUGCUUUUGUCUUAAAAGUGAGGGGAACGGUGCAUUUUUUUAAAGAGAGAUUGGACUGAAGCAGAAAAAGCAAUACACCGCCUAUCUUUGGCUCCAGAAAGCUCAACAGACUGUUUUUUGUGAAAGUGAGGCGGAGAAGAGACAUUUCAAUAUUGCAAGUCUAUAGUUUCCCAUCCCUUAUUGCAACCCUGCAUGCAGGACAUGUAUGGUAACCUCCAGUCAUCUCCCAGAAUCCUUCCACAUGUAUGGAAAGCAUGGCCCAUGGUACGCUUCCCCUCCUCCCUCCUCCUCCUCUGCCACCAAUAAGGCCUGGGUAUGAAAAAAGCCACCUUUUCCCCCCUGGAAAGGUGCAAGGACUGCGGACAAAAAUGCAUAAACAAUCUGCUAACUGCGAGAAAAAAACAUGGAUGCGUCUUCAACUGCUAUUUUCAAUCAAUUUUUCUAUUGUUUUAAAAUGAAAAGAAAAACGACAAAAAGAGAUUAACUGAGCCAGAUUUUAGACUGUAUUUAUUUCCACCUGUACAUAAUGUGUAGAGAAAAAAAAAACAGUUACCUGUGUUAUUUUACCUUUUUCUCCUUUUUAAAGCUUUUGUUGCUUGGAUUCUUCGAAAUGUCUUAAUACAAAUGUUUGUAUGUUACAGCAUGCAAAUCGUAUAUGGUAUCCUCCUCCUACUGAACAUGUGUAAUGUCAAAGGCAAGCCUAUACUGCACUAAGAAGAGAUCAAACUGGACAAGCGUUUUGUUUUCUACUCAUAGGACCUUUGAUCUGUUAAAAAACCCGGAUGUAAAUUUGAUAAAGGUUCAUUUAUUUGAUGGACAAGGACUGCAUUCGCUGCUAAAACUCUAUGCACCAACCUGAUGAUGAAAAAUAUUAGUUUAACGAUUUUAUUUAUUUUUUACUUUGGAUAUUUGUAGAAUUUGUUAAGGGCCUGCGGGUUUAUUCUGCAGCCCGGUGUCUUAAUAAGAGCUUGUGUCUGAUAGGAGGAUGCUUGCUGGUUUGAGAAGAGGAGAGACUUUGCCUGUCGGUAGAGCUUACUGUUCUUGGAGAUGCAUUAUUCUGUCAAUAAGACGUGUGUUUUCUGCUGCCUAGAUAUAUGUGCAAUAUUGUGCAGAAGUGUCCGAUGAUUGGACUACCUGUUGAGUGGCGAGCACUGACAGGAAGACAGGCUGGAAAUUGUAGAUCAAAAGGCCACAGUUGAAAAUGGUAAAUAAAUAUGAGAUGUGUUGUAUUGCUCUCCAAAUAUUCGAUCUUUUACGUGCAGUAAAAGAACAAAAAUUAUCACAACGAAUCUUGUAACAAAUUCAUUUUUGAAAACAAUUAGGUACCAACAAUUAUUUAUUCAGUUACUUAUUGUAUUUCUUUUUUAAUUGGUUUUAUAUGACGUCAACGUUUUGCAAUUAUUUACAAUAAAUUAGAUUUUAAAGAACUAUGAGCAAACUUCUGCACAGUGCUGUUUAUGUAUAUCUGUACAUAUAAUUUCUAUAUUUAUUCAAUGAACGUGUCCUAACGUGUCAACAAGUGAAAAACCUACCAAGUGGAACGUUGUUGAGAAUCUUGUUUUCAUAAUGUUUAAUAAAAAGUUCUGUCCCAAA